GUUUUUCGAAAUGUCAAAACAGUGGCGCAUGUGUUUACAGCUGACCGUUUGAAUUUCGUGAGACUUUUCUAGUUAUAUUUCACGCUUUUAAACAGGCUUUCUGAGCUAAAAUACGGAAUACAAUUGAGCUAACAACAUAAAACAUCAAAAUGCCGAAGUCCAGAAGAGAUAAGAAAGUAUCAUUAACCAAAACGGAACGGAAGGGACUGUCCAACAAGCAACAGAUUAUCGAGGACAUCCAGGAGUGCCGGCAGAAGUAUGACAAUGUUUUUCUAUUUUCCGUUCAGAACAUGCGUAACAGUAAACUGAAAGACAUUCGGACGGCUUGGAAGAACUCCCGCUUUUUCUUUGGCAAAAAUCGAGUCAUGCAGCUGGGAAUGAAGUUUGUAUCGGACGAAGAUGAUGAUCCAAAGUUGGAAAAGGACCUGGACAAGCUGCGGGAACAGAUGGUGGGCCAGUGUGGUCUCCUUUUCACAUCAGAAACGAAAGAUACCGUCCUAGAAUGGUUCGAUUCCUACUCGGCCGAUGAGUUUGCCAGAAGCGGGUUUAAGGCGCCAAAAACGGUAAAGUUGCCGGCAGGUCCUCUGGAAGAAUUUUCCCAUGCCAUCGAACCACAUUUGCGAUCCCUCGGGAUGCCUACGAAACUUGAAAGAGGUAUCGUAACGUUGUACAAAGAAUUCACAGUUUGCGAGAAAAAUAAGGUGCUUAGCCCGGAACAGGCUAGGAUACUGAAACUGUUGGGGAAGCCGCUGGCCAAGUUCAAGGUCAUCAUCAACUGUGCCUAUACCAAGGAGAAUGGUUUCGAGGAAAUCAACAAACGGGACAUCGAGGUGACCCAGAAGGUCAAGAAGGUGUUGGAUAAAAAACCGAAGCGACAGAAGCAGGAGGAAAAGGAUGAUGAUGAAGAUGACGAGGAUGAAGACAUGAGCGAGGAUGAGGAUGAUGAGGACGAGGAAAUGGAAACGGACGACGAUGAUGAUGCGGAUGAGGAAGCGUAGGAAUAGGACUAACGUUAUUAUCUACCUAAGAUAA